AGUAAUUAGUCUAUGCAUUACCUAACCUAAAAGUUUCUUGUUGUAAUUGUUUAUGUGUUGAUUAUUAAUAGUCUUAUAUAAAUGUGCUGGUUUCUGUUAUAAAAUAAACAAAGCAAUAAUGGCAAAAGUAAAGAAUAAACGCAAUGCCGGAUUAGCAGACAGAGUCCAAAAGAAAAAAAAGCUUGAUGGUAUGAAGAAAUCAUUAAAUCCAUUUGAAGUGCACAUAAACAGAGAAAAAAUUAAAGUAUUAGGAAAAAAGUCGAAACAUGAUAGAGGUUUACCUGGUGUCUCUCGUGCUAAAGCUAUACAAAAGCGAAAAGACACCCUGGGAACGGAAAUAAAAUUGAUGAAUAAGACUAAUGCAUUUAUCGAUCGCCGUAUUGGUGAAAAAGACAAUCAGUUGUCUGCUGAAGAUAGAAUGAUAGCUAGGUUUGCUGCGGAGAGAGCUCGUCAACACACUAAGAAAAGUAUUUAUAACCUAGCUGAUGAUGAAAUACUGACACACAGGGGUCAAACAUUGGAACAAGUUGAAAAGUUUGAUGAUCCUCGGUCUGAUGAUGAAGAUGGUGAAAAAGGAUUUGGUGGACUUGAUGAUGAUUUUGUAUCUGAUGGCCAUUUUGGAGGUGGUAUUCUUUCUAAAACUGAAGCAAAAGACGGUGCUAAAUCACAUAAAGAUCUUAUUGAGCAACUGAUUGCUGAAUCUAAGAAGAGAAAGGCUGAGAAACAAAAGGAAAAAGAACAAACUUUGGAUUUGACUGAGAAGCUAGAUACUGAAUGGAAAGACCUACAGCCAGUUGUAUUAAAACGACAGAAGACGGAUAAUGAGGAAUCCUUGAUAGACAAGUUGUUAAAUAAAGCGGAGAAAGGACAAGACUAUGACAAAAUGAUGCGAGAAUUGAGAUUUGAGAAACGCGGAGUACCAUCAGAUGCUUUAAAAAGCACAGAGAAGCUUCAAGAGGAAGAGAGGAAGAAGUUGGAAGAGUUUGAGCGAGCGAGACAGCAGAGGAUGUUGCCUCAAGAGGAAGAAGGACGGAGAGUAGUUCAACCCACAGUCAAACAUAGGUCAGCUGAUGAUUUGGACGAUAACUUCCAGUUAGAUGAUGAAAAGGAAAUAAUGUUAGCAUAUGACAAAGAUGGAAAACCCUUGCUUCCAGAACAUAUUCUAAAUGAUUACUCAGUACCGAACGCUAAAAAGAAAUUUGAUGACGGCGUAUCAGAUACUUCAUCGGAAGAAAGUGACGGUGAAGAUGAAAGUGAUGAUGGUGAAAAUACUGAUGAGAAAAGUGAUGAAGUGGUUGAAACUGAAAACGAUUCUGAAGUAAAAAAAACUAUUGAAGUAAAUGGCGAGGAAUCUGACAGCGGGAGUGAUGUUGAAAGUAAUUCAAAUCUAGACGAAUUGCUACCUACCGAAGACCUUCUUAUAGAAGAAAAAGUAAAGGGUGCGUCUGAAGAAAAAAUAGCAACUCACAAAUCAUAUGAUAAUGUUUUACAUUGUAGUGAUGAUAGAACAACAAGUAACUCAAGGAAUGAGGAAAGUAAUUCAGAUGACGAAACUACAAAAAAUGAACCGUCUUUAUUUACAGAAAACGCUAACCGCAAAAGAAAAUUACCACAAAGUAAUAGUAGUGAAAAAACGGUCAAGUUAGAUUAUAGUUUAGAAGACAAUUUUAAAAUUAAGAAUGAUAAAAAAGAAUUAUUUAAAUCUUCGGCAAAUGAUGAAAAAGAUAGGAGUAAUAGUGACGAGAAUGAAAGUAAUAAUGAUUCUGAUGACAACAGUGAUAACGAAAGUGAAGAUAGUGAUGAUGAUCAUUCUGAUAAGGGUAGUGAUGGAGAUAAAAGUAAGGACGAAUCAGAUAGUGAAUGUAAUCUUGGAUCCCUAUUCGAUAUGAAGUCUAAUGAAGGGAUUCAACUAAAGGAUCUAUUAAGAGACAAAUCACCAGUAGAACAGUCGGCGACAUUGAAAAAGAUAAUAAAAUCUCACGAUCCCGGUCUGUCUGCGAAUAAUAAGGAAUAUCUGAGCCGAUUAUUCGCGUAUUUGUUGCAAUAUAUCAACGAUGUAUUCACAAAUCUUACCAAGGAAGUCGAUAUUAUCAAAUCAUUCUUAAUUUUUGAUAAAAUAGCACCUUUUUUCUAUGACCUCAUUCAUAUUAAUAAAGUAUCAACUAAGAAGUUUUUAGUUGAAUUAAUAAAGGAAAAACAUGACAAUUUUAAAAAGAAUGUUAAACGUGUUCCUGAUUUAGAUACUUUAGUGUUUUUCAAGUUGGUAUCAUUGUUAUACCCAACUUCAGAUUUCAGACAUCCGGUUACGACACCAUGUUUGAUAUUCAUGACCGAAAUAUUAAGUCAAUCGCGAUUUAAGGAUGCAUAUUCCUUAUCUAGGGGUUUAUUCAUUUUAACACUAGUACUAGAAUACACGUCUUUAUCAAAAAGGUUUGUUCCCGAAGCUAUUAAUUUUCUAAGAGGUAUUCUCUAUCUAAGUGCUAAUACAUCACUUUUAAAUCCAGUUCAAUUAGUUCCGCCAUUCAAGUUGCACAGAGAUUCUAAAAUUUUGAAUUUGGAACAUGAUUGCUCAAAAAUGGUGAUCGAAAACAAAAUGGCCGCGGGAGAUUUAGCGGUAGAUGCGAUUAAUGAUAGAUAUAAAAUUCGGUCUUUGGUAACAUCAGUAUUAAUUUUGAGAGAAUUUUUUGAUAAUUAUAUAGAAAUAGAAGCUUUGAACUGUAUUUUUGAGCCGCAUAUACAAUUACUGGGAAGGGUAGAUGUUGAUUUUUAUCCUAAGGAUGUCUGUAGUAUACUAAAUGAGGUGACUCAAUACAUGAAAGAAACUUUGGAAAUGAAGACCUUUGUGCCAAUGGCCAGAGAGAAAGUCCGACCAAAAGCUUUAAGACUUUAUGAACCCGAUGUUCAGGAUGUGUUUACUGGCAAAAACAACCCAAAGCUGUCUCGUGAGGCCACGGAGCGAAAGCAUCUGGAGACCAAGUACAAGAAGGAGAUGAAGGGAGCGCUGCGCGAGAUACGGCGUGACAACUCAUUCAUAGCUUCUGUCAAAUUGAGGCAGAAGAUACAGAGCGACAACAUGAGAAAGGAGAAGGUUAAACAAAUAUACAAAGAUGCCUCAAUACAACAAGGAGAACUGAACAAAUUGAAGAGAGGCAAAUGACAGUAGUUGUUGUUAUAAAAUUAAAUGAUUUUUAACAAAA